AUGAACAGAGAACACAGUAGAAGAGCAGACCAGAAUAAACAGAACAAAGCAGAACAGAAUAAACAGAGAACACAGCAGAAGAGCAGACCAGAAAGAACAGAGAACACAGCAGAAGAGCAGACCAGAAAGAACAGAGAACACAGCAGAAGAGCAGACCAGAAAGAACAGAGAACACAGCAGAACAGAAUAAACAGAGAACACAGCAGAAGAGCAGACCAGAAAGAACAGAGAACACAAAUAAACAGAGAACACAGCAGAAGAGCAGACCAGAAUGAACAGAGAACACAGCAGAACAGAAUAAACAGAGAACACAGCAGAAGAGCAGACCAGAAUGAACAGAGAACACAGCAGAACAGAAUAAACAGAGAACACAAACAGACUGAACAGAGAACACAGCAGAACAGAAUAAACAGAACACAGCAGAAGAGCAGACCAGAAAGAACAGAGAACACAGCAGAAGAGCAGACCAGAAUAAACAGAGAACACAGCAGAAGAGCAGACCAGAAUGAACAGAGAACACAGCAGAACAGAAUAAACAGAGAACACAUCAGAACAGAAUAA